AUGCAACUUCCUGCAUCUCAUCCUGAAGAGUGCUCUGCCUUGCUGCAAUUCCAGGACAGCUUCAUCAUUAACAGGUAUGCUUCUCGAGUUCCUUCUGCUGAUCCAAAGGUUGCUUCAUGGAAGCUAGAAGAAAAUGGUAGUGACUGCUGCUUAUGGGAUGGCAUCAAGUCCGAUGAGGAUACUGGUUAUGUGAUUGGCCUUAACCUCUCUGCUAGCUGUCUCUAUGGUUCGAUCAACUCCAGCAGUAGUCUCUUCCGUCUUGUUCAUCUUCAAGAGCUAGACCUCUCCUACAAUGACUUCAAUGGCUCUCAUGUACCAUCUGCACUUGGUAAUCUCUCUGACCUAACAGAUCUCCAACUUGACAGCAAAUAUUCUGAAGAACUUUUGAAACUUCCUGACUUCAGAAGUCUAGUGCAAAACCUAACAAACCUCGAAUAUCUUCAUCUUGGUUCUGUAGAUAUAUCUUUCCCAAUACCUGAUACGUUGGCAAAUUUUUCCUCAUUGAAAUCUCUCUAUCUCCAAAAUUGCGGACUGCAGGGGAAAUAUCCAAUGGCCAUCUUUCAGCUAACAUACCCCCAGUUUCUUCAGCUGUCCUUCAAUCCAAAGCUCGCCGGUCAUUUACCUGAACAUCUAUGGGGUGGACAACUUGAGUGCUUGUGGCUUGCAAAAGCUUUUCUGUUCUCAGUAGUGAUCCCGUUAUCAAUAGGUAAUCUUAGCAAACUUGUGGAGUUGAAACUUCAUUUGAACUCCUUUUCCGGUCAAAUACCAUCCUCAAUUUCCAGCCUUAACAAUCUUGAAACCCUAUACCUUUACGCUAACAACUUAAGUGGCACAGUUGAGCUAGACACAUUUUUAAUACUAGAGAGGUUAACGUCACUUCACUUAUCCUCAAACAAGUUAGUAUUUCUCAGCAAAACUAGCUCAAAUGGAACUCUUCCAAAGCUUGUUAGUUUAGGUCUGUCUUCUCGCAGCCUAAAAGACUUCCCUCACUUCUUGCCAAAACUAAACAAAUUGCAGUGGCUAGAUCUAUCCUAUAACAAUAUUCAUGGAAAAAUUCCCAGUUGGCUAUGGACAAUGAGUACGGAAAAACUGGAAUUGUUAGACCUUUCUUACAACUUUCUAACCAGCCUGGACCAACCAGCAGCUGUUCUUCCAUGGUCUCGUUUGUCUGUUUUAGAUUUCAGUUCCAACAUGCUCCAAGGCGCACUUCCAAUUCCGCCAUUCUUCACCGUUCACUAUCUCAUCUCAAACAAUUCACUGGGUGGAGAGAUCCUACCAUCAAUUUGCAGACUCAGCUCUCUUGAAGUACUUGAUUUGUCGAAAAACAAAUUGUAUGGUCAAUGGAUUCAAACUGAUUAUAGCUACUCCAUGCAAAUGACAAACGAAGGCAAUAAGAUGGAUUAUGCAAGGAUCUUAGAGAUUUUCAUAGUACUCGACCUCUUGUGCAACAAAUUCGAAGGAGAGAUACCAGAAGUCAUUGGGAAUUUGAAAGGGCUUCGUUUGCUCAAUCUUUCCAACAACAUUAUCUCCGGCCUCAUCCCAUCAUCCAUAGGGAAUCUAGCAAAGCUUGAAGCAUUGGAUUUGUCUCACAACAAUCUUUCUGGGGAGAUCCCUCAGCAAUUUGUGCAGCUCACUUUCCUCGAGUUCUUUAAUGUGUCUCGUAACCAUCUUACAGGGCCAAUACCACGAGGAAACCAAUUCGAUACAUUUCAGAACAAUUCAUUUUAUGGAAAUUCAGGAUUGUGGGGGGUGUCAUUGUCGAAGAAAUGCGAAAAUCUUGAUCAGGCCUCACCAGCUCCAUCUCCUGCUGCUCCAUCUCAUGAACCAUUGGAGCUUGACUGGAAAUUUGUUGUCGUAGGUUAUGGAUUUGGAUUUGUCAUUGGCGUGGUUAUGGGACACAUUGUAACCAAAGGAAAACAUGAUUGGUUCAUGAAGACUUUUAGGAUCAGACAACAAAGAAGACAAAGGCGCACAAGGAAGGGACAUGGAAACUGA